AUGGAUGAAGAUUUAGAGGAAGAUCAGAGAACACAAAUAAGUGAACAACAAUUACAAGGUGAUGGUCGGAUGCAAAUUCUCAAUGAAGAUGUUUUGGAUGGAACACAACCAGGUAUGAGAACUGACCCAUUGAAACGAAUAACAACAGCGUAUAUGACCAAAUAUGAGCGAGCAUGUGUAAUAAGUACAAAGGCAUUACAAAUAGCUAUGAGAGAAUUGAAAGAAAGGAGAAUUUAAAUGAUUGUUCGAUGUUAUUUACCAGAUGAAAGUUUUGAAGAUUGAAGUCUUAAUGAACUUAUUAUAACUGAUUUAUCUGUUUAAGUGGUAUCAUAAUCCCGUUACACCCGGUAUCCUCAUUUGCUUUUAAUGUAGUCUCCGAGUAUUGACAUUUAAACUAUAGCUGUAUAUUCUAAAGUUCAGGAAUUUGAGUGAAUUUGAGGUAGCGAGGUCGUUACCUCAAAUUCACUCAAAUUCCUCCACUUCAUAACAUAUAGUUACAGUUUAGAGAUCGUUACCCUUGGGAUAAUACCCCAAAUUCCUCAACUUUAGAAUAUAUAGCUGUAGUUUAAAAGUCGUUACCCUUAGGGCAAUACCCCAAAUUCACUCAAAUUCCUCAAUUUUAAAAACAUGUAAUUCAUUUAUGGAGUAAGGAAGUCAUUACCCCUAUGCGGAAGUUUCAUCGUGUAAAUGAUAGGGUGUGUGGGUGUGGGUGUGGGUGGG